AUGAACGAGCCACAAAGUAUUAUUGGUCUGGUAGAGGACGUUACACUUCCACAGGCGGUGAAGGCUAUGGAAGCAUUAGCGGAGGAAUACAUUCAGUACUUUAACACCGAAUUUAUUACACCGCACAUUAUGCGUUUUCUUUUAGAGGUGAUUUGCCCGGAAGCCACGCCGGAUGCCAAGCAGGUGGCCAUAGAGAAAGUGGAGGAAUUACACUCAAAGGCACACGCAUGGCAGGUGGCAGAUAUAUUACGUACAUUUUUGGGAAUUGCCGGUGUUUCUGUGCGUAAUGUUCUCUCACAAUGUGAGGCGGAGCGGCAACGGCUACGUAUUCAGAGAGCACGUGAAGUUCCACGAGUGCCUGCAGUUCGCCGGCGAAUAGCACAGCAAAUGGAAAACGCCGAGAGUGAUGCAUUUCGCACUGCAAAGGAACUGCAACACUCACGAGAUUUGCUCAACGAAUAUACUCGACGGAUUGAGACAUUGGAAGAUGAACUUCAUCACAUGCGGCCAUGUUAUGAUAUGAGUGAUAAGUUUUCCACAUCGCCUGUAGGGGCAUUUAUAUACGGGACAACCACUCCCAAUACGGCGAAGAAGGAUUUUGGGGAGACGAUAUGUAAGAAUCCGAAGAUAAAAGAUGAUAUGAUCAUUUCAAACAGGAAUGGUAGUACGAAAAUAAGUAAUAGUUAUAAUCCUUCAAGAGAUUUUGUGAUGCAAGCAGCACAUCAACUCUUUGCGGAAUCACAUGCUAAACGCACACAAGCCGUACAAAGUGAUUUAAUUCUCACACAACCGUUGAAGGACGAGCAGUCAAACAUGUUAGAAGAAAGAGAAAGAAUAAAUAGUUUAAAACCAAAUAUGAAUACCAAAGUAAAAGAAUCUGAACAUGAUGAUGUAAGAAUGCAUACAUUUCCCCUAAUGACACCCCCAGUUUCGUACUUUCUCCCGUUUAAAUAUUCUUCGUUAAAUGAUCUCUGUGAUACGAUCCCUCCAACUUCAGAGUCUAUUUCUGCUGAAGCCUUUCAUGCAUUGAUUACGGAUAAGCGACCACUGUGUGUACAAGAAAAGGAACGUGCAGAUCGUGAAGACUCCUGGAGCCAAAUGGGUAAAAUCAGAUUAGGAAACGCAGAUCAGAUAACAGGGCCUUCUGCCUAUAGUCGCCAAGAUGGAGCUCGUUAUUUAAUACAAGUGGAGAGGGAGUUGACCCGCAAGUUAUGGAAGAUGUAG